UGCAGCUCAGUGAGCAGCAAUGGCAGGCAACAUUGCUUUGCCGCUUCAAGAAUUCAUCGCCUCACUGGACAACACCAGUUUACCAAAAAUUUUGCAAGUUUGUUCUGGAGUGUAUUUCCAAGGUUCGAUAUAUGAAAUUUCUGGAAGUGAAGUGUGCUUUUCAACUGGGGAUCUCAUAAAGGUCAUUGGUAUUGAACUGCAGUCUGUUUCCUGUGAAGAUGUCACUAACAAUGAGAAGUUUGAGUUGCCAGUCACUCACACAGGAUUGUUCAAAGUGGUCCCCGAGAAGAUGCCGUACACGUCAGUCGAGGAGAUGUUGAGUCUGAGGCCCGUGGGCCUGGAUGAUUCCCUUCCUUUUACCUUCACCAGCCACUCCAAGGUGACCUUCGGCAGUCUCACGCUGGGGACCGGCAAAGCCCUGACCGUGCUCUCUAUCAAGAAGCGUGAAGGUGAAGAGGAUAUGGUGCGCUGCCAUGUAAAAGGCCAAACGGAGGCCUCAGCCGAGGUGUGCAUUCCUCUGUCUUCUCGAGGGGAAUUUUCUGAAUGCGAGAGUGAGGAAUCCUACACCCUGAAGGAGAUCAUGGCUUCUCCUUGCCUGCGCAGUCGAAGAUUUCGCUUCGUUAAGACCACCAAGUGUGAGCGGAUCCUUGUUCUGAGUCCAGUCUAUCAGGUCCAGGCCAUCAUGAACAUGAGGAAGAACAUACUAAGGUUUCCGUCCAGCCUGGAGGUGGAUGUGGUCGAUGUCACUGAUGUGUGUAAAGAUGCAAACUUUGUGACGCCUCUAAACCUGACAGAGGUCCUGUCUCAGCCAGACAAAUCAUUUCCUGUGGUGGCAGAGAUAUUAGAGGAGCCGGAGAGCCGCUCUUUCUUCAAGUGCGCGUGGCUGCCAGGGCUGGUCAAGAGCUCCAACCUGAUUUUGCACAAGAAAGGAACUACGCCCAUGGUCCUGAUGUCCAGCUUGAAGGGCCGGAAGACUCAGCAGUACUUCCUCGUGUCCCAGCAGUACAGUGGACGGUUUCGGAGGAGGCCAAGAGAGUUCAACUCGGUGUACGAGGUGUACGUUGCUUCAACGCAGACACACAGCCUGACAGUGAGCGUGACGAGGAACUGUGAGGAAGUCGAGGAGGAGGGUCUGCCAGGCCUGAGCGUUGGGGAGAGGCUGCAGAUUGUGGACUGCACUAGAAUGGAGUUACCUUCUGAAAGCAAUAAAGGGGAGAAGCAGUCUGUCGAGGCUCUUUUGUGUCAUCGUCUCCAAGAGCCGGACGACGAGGAGGACGACGAAGAGGACGAGGAUGAAGAGAAGGAUAAACAGGAGGAGGCAAAAGAGGAGGUCUUACUGCCUCUCUACAUGCAGGGUCACUUUGUAGAGGUUCUUGGUGAAAACAAAAAGUAUAAACUCUGUGAUUUGGGUAAGGAGUUCAGUUUGCCACUGGAUGUCAAAGUGGUGAGUCGAGACACUGACCUAGAGACUGAUCCACUAGUUGGGUUUUCUUGUCUAAGGAUAGAGGGAGCAUUGCUGGAGCCAAGCAUUCAGGCAAGCUUUACAGACAAACCCGACCACUGUUUCCAUCUCCUCCCACAGUGGCUUUCUUUGUCCGUCUCUUUUACCAAAGAUGCUCUUCCUUGGCCUCGGGACCAGUUCCCCAAGUGUUUCACAGAAAAGGUUAGCGAGAUGACAGACACGUUCUUUUAUGAAUUUCACAAAAAGGGUAACUCGGACGAGGCUCCUCCACCUCGACCGCCAAAACGAGACCUGUCAUCAUCAAACUUAGUCAAAAAAAAAUCUAAAUCCACAAAGAAAUCCUCCAAGUCAAAGAAAAACAAAGACAAAAGCGUACCGACGGAGAAGCUUAAUGACUUGACGUUGAAUCACAAAAAACGUCCCCCUGCUCCACUGCCUCCAGAGGGCACAAAUGAUGAACCUCCUCCACUUAUGCCGCGAAAGUGCUCAGCCGCAGAUAUCACAAGCAAGGCCAAGCCAAACACUUACGUAAAGAUAAACCAGCCAUUAAAAAGGGACCAUCUGUGUGAUGUGGCUGCAGACGUGGAAAGUGACCAUGACUACGAAACCGUGGAUGAGACUUUGGUGGCUGUGGUUAAGACAGCUCAAGAAAACGUGAUGUUCUAUUAAAAAGAAAGUCCUAUCUUCCAAACAUUCCUCUGAGCUGAAUCUGAUGUAGACAGGGAGUGCCGAGUUUAGAAGUGGCUAAAUUAGAAGAGCAGAGUCCUCUGCAUCGUUCAUGAACAUUCAGACGAUGCGAUCAUAUCCUUCAGUCUUUUAUUAUUAGCACAGAGUAAAAGUGUAUUAUUACAGUCUUGAGAAAGUACCUCUGUUAUACUUGUGUUUCUCAUAUGUUCAGCAAGACUCCUCCCUGAAUUACCUCUUUAUUCCACCAAUGAAAAACUUUAUACCAGUACGAUCCUAUUUCACAGCAGACUCGUUUGGAGUGAGGCUCAAGCUUUUCCUCUAACCACUGAUAGCUGAAAAGAGUCACUCUGCUUAUCUCUUCAUCAUUUGCACCUGUUACAGUGUGAUAUAUAUUAGGCAGCAAGGUCAAUUUUGAAUGUCACAUCGAUGUGCCAUCAGCAGUGCUGAGUGUAAGAAUCCAAGAAAGUUUAAGAGCGCUACAUUUUGGCUGCGUCUGAGUAGCUCCAAAAAUGCAGCUUUUAUUGGUUAUCCCCAGUGUUUGGUGGUAAUUAUUUAUCAAAAGUGGGUCAAUGAGGAACAAGCACCAUGUUUCAUUGCUUCAUGGGGAAGAUAAGGCACAGACCAGUGGUUUGAGUCAACAGACAAGCUACUAUAAUUUAAACUGCUGCAGACGACGUCACUGCUGGUUCUGACAGCAUGCAUGCCACCCAUGAGGAAGCUGCUAUGAGACCAACAGUAACACUUAACAAAGCAUUAUUAUAAAUAAUACUUGCCUGAUUGCUUUGGUGUCUUUAUUAAGCGGAUAGCACACCCAGCCACAUAGUGAAGAAAGUUCUUCAAACCCAUGAGGAGCACAGCAAGUUUUAGAAAACGUGGGAUUUGUGGGGAAAUCAAGUCCAGUUAAUGGAUACCUUCAGAAGUCCAGGGGUAUCUGGUAGAGGAUCAUAAUGUGUAUUUAUCACUCAAUAGAUAGUCAGAUAAAUCUCCAUCUAAAUUAGGAAAGUGUCAAAGCAAAGCAAAUGUCCCUCACUGUUGCUUAAUGGGGCAAUAGUGAUGAAUGGGCAAUUUUCUCUGAGUUCUUAAUUUCUUCAAAAUCUUGUAGGGUUUUGUGCUGUCGUGCCAAAUUCAUGCAGUUGUUCUUUGAAAUUAUUGGUCAUUUCUGCUUUGCCAAUCUGAUGGCUAAAGUGUGGUGUUGUAUCCUCCUGUCAAAAAUUAGCUUCAUCAUUGUUAAAGGCAAAGAGGCUGUUGCUUCGAAACACUUCUGUAUUCUCUUAUCAGUUGCCAGUCAUUUCACUUACAUCCUAAAUAGUUCUUAGUGAUCUUGUGUAAAUUUGUGUUACAGCAGUUAUUAGUUAACAUUAUUCAGAGGCACUGUGUCUGAAUAGUGUUCAGACACGGAGUCUUGAGCAACCCAAAAGUACUCUGUGCUGUUAAGGUCUGCAGCUGCAAGAACCUACAGCUGUACAGUAGUUAUCUACAGUUCUCAAACUGAUGUACAGAUACCAGUGGUACCAGUGGUUUUACUUGCAGACAUUUCAGUGCUACUUAAGACAUACAGGUAUUGAAUAUUUAUUGUUUUGAAAAACUAAUGGUAUCUCAUAGCUUUGUCACAUUGCAACCCCAAAACAUGUGACUUCCCAAUAAAAAAGAGUAACUAAUGUUAGAGUUUGAGAAAAAGGAAACAGAUAAUAAUCAGAAUUAAUCAUUUUACACAUUCAUUUUCCCCAACAUUUACAGCUGCAAAUCUUUUGCAGUAUUCUCAACCAGCUUGGCUCCUCUAGAGACUGACAUUUAUGCCUAUUCCUGUCCGUCAGCUUGGAUGGGACUGUUUUUGAGUUUUGCAGCAGAUCCUCAAUUGGAUCUACUGUAGGUCUCGAUCCAGAUUUAGUUUGGGCCUGUCAUUGCAAAAAGUAGGACACAGAUUUCACACUUCUGCAAGGCCUGGAAAUAAAUAUGAACAGAAUUAGCCACUGUCAGCUGAACUGUGGUGAAAAUAUAAUAGGCACAAGAAGUGAAAAAAGCGAACUGCUUAAGUACAUCACUCUUUGCUUCAGUCACAACUACUUAAAAAGCAGUUAUUGUGCAAGACAUUUUAAGAAACUCUGUAAGAAGCUGAAGUGAACGAAGCAGUGAGUUCUGGUGGCUGUUCUGUGUUCAGUGGCCAGGCCAACUGAUAUGGAAAAUACAAGGCAAUAAAAAUUGUUCUUUGAAUGUUUUGAAUGAAAUUGUAGCAAGAUGUUCUUUAAUAAAACUUGCACAGUGUUAGAAGGGAGUAAAUUGUUGAGAUGAAGACAGCCAGAAGCGCAGAAAUUAUGUAUGUCCUAAGCACGCAGCAGCCAUAUUGGACUUUGAAGUCUAGGUUGUUGUGAAAUCACCAACUGUACAAACCGUGGCUCCGACUUUAGAGGACAAUUUACUUUUACAACCUGAAACAUGGAAAUACAGGCGUUUCAGUAUAUAGAAAAUUCACAGUUAAACCACAUCCUGCAAACAUGCAGCCCCCUGUUUCAUGGAACAGACGAUGUCUAAGCAAAGGGACAUUGUGCUUGAAAAGUUGCUUCAGACGUUAUUGAUGUCAAAACAUCAACAAGAACAAGCUGACCGAGACCAAGCUUCAAUGUCUUUGUUUUGGCUAUAUUUGGAUAUGAAGCGUAUUUCGACAUUAUUUUCAACAUGAUUUUCUGCGCUGAACAGGCAUAGGCAUUUUCAAAGAAUUCAUACUAGAAUUAUAGUUGCUUCCCUAUUAUAGUUUUAAGAUGUCUCAACGGUUAGUGGUACUUGGAAUACUCAGUUUUUAUGAAGAAUGUUUUUUCCCCAAAAGAGAAAAAAAAAUAAAAAGAGCAGAGCUUCCUCUAUUUGGGUGAUGCUUAAUUAAAAGAAACAAAAAACUUGUAGCUUUCCUUUUUAGUAUGAGUCCAAGAGUCUCCUGUGAAAUACUUAAUAGUAGUAGUCAUGAUUACUACGCUGAAACUCACAAACUAAUACUAUUCUUGUGUUUCAAAAAACUUUUAGGGGAUUUUUUUUCCUGUGUGGUGUAUAUGUCGGGAGGACUUUUGUAUUUACUUGUACAGUUCCUGUAUUUAUAGUGCAAUACUAAGCAAUUAUCUAUUGUAUGUAGAGCGUUUUUUGCGUAGCACUUGCAAAAUGUAAAAGACAAUUAUAUGAUGAAAUUAAUAGCUUCCUCUUUUAAAAAUGCAAACUGCUAUGACUCAUUGAACUAGGUAAGGGUCGUACUUGCCUGAAAAGGCAUUUUUUUGUGUAUGUCAUUGUGCUACUGUGGCUAUGCAAACUAAACAGAAAGUAGUUGACGGGAGCCAAACUAAACCACUUCAGAAACUUCAACUCUUCCGCCAACCACAAGCAUCUAUAAAGGCAACAUGUUAAAACUCUGCAUUUGGUUUUGAUUAAAUAUUUUUAAGCUGCAAAGAAAAAUGUCAGUGAGUGCACUGGGCUCCAUACGGCUUUUGGAAACUGUAAAAUGUGCUUCACGACAACUUCUGUGUGAUCCUGAGAUACAAAUUUAUGUUGUGGUUCUGGCUGAAGUAGAGAAUCUAUUUUAAAGCUGUCAUUUAAAAUGUAAUAAAUUUGCACAAAACAAAAACUGUGUCAUGUAACGCAUCAAGUUGAACAGUCAAUGCAAUAAAA